AUGGCGAUGGAAGGCACAACAGGCUCCGCAGAGGAUGUGUUUGCGGAGAAGCAGGAUACGCUAGACGCUUUGAUUAAUGGGAGCAAUUCAAGCCUCGGCAGCCUGGUGUCCUCCCUACGCAGCCUGCUGAGCAGCACCAGCUCAACAGGAUGGCUCGCAACUGCCGGCCUGCUGUCAGACACCUCCCUGCCCAUGCCAGAUACAGAACAGCCACCCAUCGUAGCGCCGCACACCACUGUUCAAACCCUGCAGGGCUGGCCGAGUGGCCUGCAGAUACCAGGAGAUGGCGAUUUCCAGGAGGCGCCAGAAGAGCCCCAGGAGAUGCCGAAUGAGCCGCUGGCGGUGGAGUCGCGAAGGAGCCCGAGCAGGCGCGGCGCUAAACGGCCGCUGCCGGAGGAUGGCGGCCGGCCAACCGUUGCAGGCACGGAACCCUUUUAUGGCUUCAUCAAAGCAACUUAA